AUGUGUUGGGGUGUCAAGGGUUACUUACAGACGACCAGGGAAAUCGACCUUCGUCCUUUCAAUGUCUCAUCGAACCCCAGAGUGAAAAUAAUGGUUCUUGCAUCAUUGACAGAAGAAAAGACUGGUCAUAAAGAGCUUGGAUUCCAUUUCCUCCAGUUCAUAGUCCUUGAAAAUGUAGAAUUUGUUAAUCUUGAUACCUACUAUCAGAAAGGCAUCCCCUUUACUGGUAUGAUGAAGGUUUUCAACUUAAAAAAGGAUCCCAUGCGGAAUGAAAAGGUCUACCUCGUGGUGAAUGUGGAUGAAGUGGACACCAACAUAACGCUGGUGACAGAUGAGAAUGGAAUGGCACGGUUUAGUCUCGACACUUCCGAUUGGAACGAUAUGGUCUCACUGACGGGGAGAAUUUCAUUUGAAGAAGGAGCAGGUUAUUUCAGGGCGUUACAGUGGCUCUUCCCAUUCUACUCUGAGAGUAACAGCUUUCUGAAAGUACAAACUGUUGCAGAAGAUUUGCUAUGUUCCACCAAGCAGUCGGUGUCAGUCGAGUACACGAUUGAUAAAAACGAACUGGACCCUGAAUCAGAUCACCUCUCUUUCUUCUACAUUCUUAUGUCUAAAGGAACAAUAAUUACUGCCAAAGAACAUAAAGUGGAUGUGAAGAAUCUGCCAAGUGGCCCCAUUCUGCAGGGCUCCUUCAACGUCACAUUCUUGGUCACCAUGAAUCUGGUACCUGUAGCAACCCUGCUGGUCUACGCUAUAUUCCCAGAUGGAGAGGUUGCAGCCGACAGAGUGAGAUACAAUGUCCCAAUCUGCUUUGACAACAAGGUUCAAUUGGAAUUUAGAGAAAAUAAUGUCCAUCCUGGUGGAAAUGUGAACCUGGAUGUGAAAGCAGAUGCGGGGUCCUUGUGCUCUGUUCGUUCUGUGGAUAAAGGACUUUUACUCCAUCAGGAACACAAAACAAAUAAAAUGGGCUCAGAUAUUCUGAGAUUUUAUGGGCGCGGCUUUCCCUAUACUAUAGAGGACUUUGAGCCUUAUCCUUGCUUAGAGGAUGUACCAGUCCCACCAAAUCGAGCCAAGCGAUCCCUAAAGAGAGCUCCAUGGUACCAGAGUGAAGCGGACGUGUACAGCUUGUUUAAGAGCAGCAGCUUAAAGGUCUUUACGAACACCAGGAUCCGAAAGCCGGUGACAUGCGAACUCCCGGAAUAUACCAGAAGGUUUUCUAUAAAGGAUGGAGUGGGUGCUGCCGACAGAAAGCUAGAUUCUCCAGGUACAGCGCCAGCAUCUAAAGAGCAUCCAGUGAGGAAGUUCUUCCCAGAGACAUGGCUGUACGACCUGGUGUCUGUAGGCCCACAAGGGAAGAAAUCGUUGAACCUGACCGCCCCGCACAGUAUCACCGAGUGGGUGACGGAUGCUUUCUGCGUGGGGAACUCAGGUUUCGGAGAGGUCCAUGACAUAAAGAUGAAGACGUUCCAACCUUACUUCAUUGACCUCCUCUUGCCUUACUCUGUGGUACAGAAAGAGCACUUCACCCUCACUGCUUUGGUCUACAACUACCUGAAUCAUUGUGUGUUGGUCGAGGUGGCUCUGACCAUUCCUCCUGAAUUCGGCGAGCCGCGCACUGAUAUUGAGAAAUCUGCCUGCAUUUGUGGCCAAGAGACCGCCAGCUUUACUUGGAAUAUCACGGCUUCAAAACUGGGUACCAUUCCCUUCAAGGUGACCAGUAGAGCUCUGCAUGUAGAAGGAGACUGCUCUGACGUUGUUCUCGAUCCAGAAACAAAAUUCAAACAUGAUGCCGUACAAAAGACCAUCUUAGUGAAGCCCUCGGGGGUUGAAGUGUUUAAAACACACACGUCUCUCCUCUGCCCAACAGGAGACAGCGUGAGAGAUGAAGUAUCCCUGGUGCUUCCAGAUAACGUAGUGGAAGGCUCGGGACAUGCACACAUCACUGUGCUAGGUGAUGUUUUGGGCAACACCAUCUCUAAUCUGGGAGAUCUUCUGCAAUUGCCUUAUGGAUGUGGAGAGCAGAAUAUGGCACAGUUUGCUCCAAAUGUCUAUGUUCUAGAGUAUCUGCAGAGCGCUAAGGCACUAACACCUGAAAUAAAGGACAAGGUUCUGAAUUACUUGACUACAGGGUACCAGCGGCAGCUGAUGUUUAAGCAUGAUAAUGGCGCCUACAGUGCAUUUGGAAAGAAAGAUGAAGAGGGCAACACAUGGUAAGUAUGUUCUCCUCUAAGAUCUGAACAAUAAAAGUGUUUUGGCAU